CUUCUGAGCUCCGGUAUGCUGUGCAUCCCUAUUAGACUAUCUCGGUCUACUUAUCUGGAGACGACGCCGGCCGAGUCCAGGGCCCCCAACACGCGAUCAUUCUCUGAUCAUCCUCGUGUUCGGGCGAGUGCUGCAUACUAGUUACUUCGUUCGUUUCCUGAGCGGUCCUCGUUCGGACUUCGCGGUGCAGUUGCAACGUAGCCGUGUCCUACGCAGCCAUGAACAAACGGACCUCCUACUUCAACGCGUCUGCCUCUAUAACUCGGAAACGACACGAGAGGUUCUACUUGUCGGACGGGAAUGUGAUUUUUCAGGCGGAAGACACCUUGUUCAAGAUACACCGUUACUUCUUCCUGCAGGGCUCGAAGGUAUUCGAGGAUAUGUUUUCGCUACCCUCGCCGCCCGGCGAGGACUACGAAGGCGGGUCGGACGACCGUCCGGUCUACCUCGAGGGCACGACCUCGCUCGACCUCGCUCGCUUCCUCACCAUCUUCUACCCGAGAAGCGUGUGCAAGCCCGACCUCGAGACGACGGACGAGUGGGCAUCCGUGCUCGCGCUCGCGGUGAAAUGGCAGUUCGACGACGUGCAGGCACUCGCCGUCGUGUGGUUCUCGGCCAACGCGCCGCUCGUGGACCAGAUCCUCCUCGCGCGCGCGCACCGGCUCGCGGAGUGGCUCUACGACGCGCACGUGCGGAUCUGCAGCAGGUACGAGCCGCUCUCGCUCGCCGAGGGGCGCCGCCUGGGCGUGGACGAGGCGGUGGUCAUCUCGGACGUGCGCCAGUACAGCAUUCGGUGCAACCGCGGGAACGUUGAUCACGACAAGCUGAGGGCUGCGCUCCGGCUGUUACAGCAGCAAUGAAGCUGUGCCUUCUUAGACGAGCAGCUGGUGCUGCUUGGAUGGUCCUCUUGUGGCCGGAGCUUCGCGCUUCUAUCUUAUCUGGGCCUGUAUGGGAUCAUUAUAGAUGUUCGCCGGGCCUUCUUUCUCGUGCAGUUGUAGAACUCACUCGUUAUGUUUGGACAUAUACCCUUUUAUCUGUAGUACCACG